ACAUUUUGAUUUAUUAUUGAAGUAUUGGUCGAAUAACAUGUGUAUAUUAUUUCAAUCGACGUAAUAGUAGUGUAUUGUGAAGUGGCCUAUUUUAUCCAGCUAAUAUAUUGUGCCAAAUGGAUAAAGUUGUGAAACGGCAGCAGUCACCAUGUUUCACGGAAUACCUGUCGCAGGAGGUAUGGGAGGAGGAAGUAAAAUUGUACAAGAAUGCCAGAGAGAGAGAGAAGUUUGACAACAUGGCAGAGCUGUUUGCUGUGGUGAAGACCCUUCAGGCCCUGGAGAAAGCUUACAUCAAAGACUGUGUGACUCCUAAUGAGUACACGGCUGCUUGCUCCAGGCUACUGGUGCAGUACAAGGCUGCUUUCAAACAGGUCCAGGGAUCUGACGUGGGUUCUAUCGACGACUUCUGCAGGAAGUACAGACUUGACUGCCCGCUAGCUAUGGAGAGAAUCAAGGAGGAUCGACCAAUCACCAUCAAGGAUGACAAGGGCAACCUGAAUCGCUGCAUUGCUGAUAUCGUAUCGCUCUUUAUCACGGUGAUGGACAAGCUACGUCUGGAAAUCCGGGCGAUGGAUGAGAUCCAACCAGACCUGAGAGAGCUGAUGGAGACCAUGAACAGAAUGAGCAACAUGCCCCCAGACAAUGAGGCCAAGGACAAAGUCACCCUCUGGUUGACCACUCUCAGCAGCAUGUCAGCCUCUGAUGAGCUGGAUGACUCCCAGGUUCGCCAGAUGCUGUUUGACCUGGAGUCAGCCUACAACGCCUUCAACCGCUUCUUACACUCCUCCUAAUCUACCCAUCAUCCAGGACUGUUCUCACCUUUCUUAUAUCAUUGUACUAUCCCUUCCUCUCCUCUCUCGCUACGUGUCUGAGGUCAUCUCCUCUGUUUGUGGGCUAUACUAUUCAAAGGAAUAAUAUCUUUCUUCCUCCAUCUCUGGUA